AUGACUGGCGAAGCAAAUAUUGCAAAAACUUUAGAAAAUUUAAAAACAAAUCGUGCUUCAACUAAGGGUAGAAUUUCAAGAAUCAAAACUCUUCUAGAAACUAAAACAUUGGAGUUUACUGAGCUUGAAUGUCGUUUGGGUAUCUUAGAGUCUUAUUUUAGACAAGCUCUUAAUUAUCAAACUAGGAUAGAAGAGGCUAGUCCUACAGAUACAGGUCGUGCUGAAAUAGAGGAACUAUAUUGUUCAACCAAAAGUAAAAUAUUAUCGCUGAUGGGCAAUAAUAGGCGAAGCAGUAUUGCACCUGGAGAUACUACAAUGUCGAAUUUGGUACCUUUGUCUCGUCUUCCUCUGCAAAAGCUCCCUAAGUUUACGGGCAAAUAUGCAGAUUAUAAAAAUUUUAUUGGUUUAUUCAAAACUUUAGUCCACAACGAUAAUUCGAUUGCAAAGAUUGAAAAGUUCAAUCAUUUGAUUUCAUGUUUGAGUGAACAAGCUUGUGGGACAAUAAAAUCAUUUCAAGUAACGGAGGAAAAUUAUUCCAAGGCGUUCGCUCGACUCGAAGAGAGGUACAAUAAAAAGGGUUUAAUAUUUAUGGAAUAUAUCUCGUCGCUCUUUGAUCUACCUAAAAUGAAAGGGGUUUCGGCAUCUCAGCUUAGAAAUUUGGUUGAUGAUACUUCUACUUUAUUUGACUCACUCAAAUCCUUAGCUACUCAUGAAGAGAUUUGCACUGGAAUUAUAAUUCAUUUAGUAAUGUCGAAGGUAGAUACCCAGACAUACAACAAAUGGAAUGAAUCUCUGGAUCAUUCCAAAUUGCCAGCAUGGGAUCAAUGUACAAAAACUUUAAUUAAUCGUUGCCAGUUUUUGGAAAGCAAAGAAUCAAAAACUCCCAAUGCUUUGGAAGUCUCUAGUUUUCCUAAAUCACAAAUUAAAAAGCCUUCGCAUGUUUCUUUGUCAUUGACAAAAUCAAUUUGCCUUUAUUGUAAAUCUUCAAAUCAUAUGAUUGUAGAUUGCAACAAAUUUAAAAACCUACGUGUCUACGACUGCUAUAAGAAGGCAAAGACUCUAUCACUUUGUAUCAACUGCCUUAGUAAAGGCCAUGGAGUCAAGGAGUGUUCUGCCAGUAAAUGUAAUGUUUGUUCGGAUCCUCAUCACAUACUUCUGCAUAGGUACGGAGAAACUCAACCUGAAUCCUCAGGAUCUGAAGCAGUUGCUGGACGGACUCGGACUUCUUUACUAAAUUCAACAUUCGAUGAUGCAGAUUCUCAAAUAGUUUUGGCUACUGUUGUUGUUAGGGUUCGCAAUAGUAAAGGGGAAUUCGUAUUAGCUAGAGCUUUAUUAGAUUCAGGAUCUUAG